AUGCCCACUCCCACUCAGCAGAAGGCUCUAUUCCUCCUAGAGAAGCAGGGUCAGUUUGCCGUCCGCGACCGUGACGUCCCUAUCCCGAAACGGGGAGAGCUCCUCAUCAGGAAUGAAUCUGUUGGCCUCAACCCGGUUGACUGGAAGAUCCAGCAAUGGGGCAUGUUCCUCGAUAAUUAUCCCGCAAUUAUAGGGGCGGAAGGCGCUGGAACGAUAGAAGCCGUGGGCGAGGGAGUCACCGACUUGAAGAAGGGCGAUCGGGUAUUCUACAGAGCGGUCUGGGCAGUAAAUGACAGGGCGGCGUACCAGCAGUACACGUUGGCCGACCCAACGUCAGUCACUAAGCUUCCCGAAGGAAUUUCCUUCGAUGGAGCAGCGACCCUCCCGACUGCGCUUGCGAGCGCUACCACCGGCCUGUACAGUCGUCCUGGCGGUGGCCUGUACGUCCCCCCGUGGGCCGAGGGUGGAAAGGGCAAGUACGCUGGCCAGCCGCUCGUGGUAAUCGGUGGUGCAAGCGUCGUCGGCUCCGUAGCCAUCCAGUUCGGAAAGCUCUCCGGCUUCUCACCCAUUGUCACAACUGCCUCGCUCAAGAACACCGCCCUCCUUCAGUCUUACGAUGCGACACACGUCCUCGACCGCAAUCUCUCUGCAGAUGCAUUGCGUGAGGAGGUCAAGAAGAUCAUCGGUGGCUACCCGUCCUUCGUCUUUGACGCUGUCUCGCUUCCGGAGACACAGGCUGCUGGGCACGGGCUCCUCGCGCCCGGCGGCAGGCUGCUCGUCAUCCUUCCCCAGAGCGUGGAGGCGACGGAGGGUCGGACAGUCACAUUCUCAAUGUCCAACGUCAACCUUCAGAGGGACCCUCAGUUUGGCGUGGACCUGUCCAAGGUGAUCCCAGUUUUGCUCGAGUCGAACGAAAUCAGGCCGCUCAAAGUAGACAUCGUUCCUGGAGGCUUGGCGGGGAUUGUCUCUGGUGUGGAGAAGUUGAGGAACAACCAGGUCAGUGGUGCUAAGCUGGUCGCCCAUCCUCAGGAGACUGCGUAA